AUGUGGUCAGUGAAGGAGGUAGAGUCAGUGAAGGAGGUAGAGUCAGUGAAGGAGGUAGAGUCAGUGAAGGAGGUAGAGUCUGUGAAGGAGGUAGAGUCUGUGAAGGAGGUAGAGUCUGUGAAGGAGGUAGAGUCUGUGAAGGAGGUAGAGUCAGUGAAGGAGGUAGAGUCUGUGAAGGAGGUAGAGUCAGUGAAGGAGGUAGAGUCAGUGAAGGAGGUAGAGUCUGUGAAGGAGGUAGAGUCUGUGAAGGAGGUAGAGUCUGUGAAGGAGGUAGAGUCUGUGAAGGAGGUAGAGUCUGUGAAGGAGGUAGAGUCCGUGAAGGAGGUAGAGUCUGUGAAGGAGGUAGAGUCUGUGAAGGAGGUAGAGUCUGUGAAGGAGGUAGAGUCUGUGAAGGAGGUAGAGUCUGAAGGAGGUAGAGUCAGUGAAGGAGGUGGAGUCAGUGAAGGAGGUGGAGUCAGUGAAGGAGGUAGAGUCAGUGAAGGAGGUGGAGUCAGUGAAGGAGGUAGAGUCUGA